AUGUCGAAACGUUUAAAACCGCAAUUAAAGAAGUUAGAAACUAAGAAUACAAAUUAUAAAGAUCAUUUAAUAAAAUCUGCGCCUACAAUUUCAUCUGUUAUCGAGUUUGACCCAACAAUCUUAAUUAGCAAUUCUAUCAUAAUUGGACCUGAACCUUCUAGUGCAUCUGACGUUGAUAAAUUACGUGAAUUAGGCGUUAAACAGAUAUUAAACACAGCUUUAGAAUGUGAUGAUUCCUUAUCCCUCAAUAACGAGUUCAAAUACUUGAAAUUAAACAUGAUUGAUAACCCUUCUGCAAUAAACGUACAAGAUUUCUUAAAUAAAGGUAGUGAUUUUAUUGAUGACGCUAAAUUACAUUCACGUCCAAUUUAUGUACACUGCAAAGCAGGUAAAAGCAGGAGUGUCGCAAUAGUUAUCGCUCACCUCAUUAGAGCUAAUAGAUGGGAUAUCAAUAGAGCUUAUGAUUACGUUAAACAGAGGAGGGAAACCGCCAGUCCGAAUAUUGGUUUCAUAGCUGAAUUAAUGCUCUUUCAAAAAGAUUUAGAAAUAUUUGAUUACUCUGAUGAACAUAGUAAUGAUUCAACAAAUACUCCUUCAGGUUCACCAUACGCGAAUGAACCGGAUAACAAAUUGAAAGCAAGUUUUGAUAGGUUAGCUGGAUGUAGAACACCUUCAAGUAGACCGCUCUCGGCUGGUCCAGGCGUUCUUAUGACUAAAAAGAAUAAACAACAAAAACAACAUGGUGUUGAACAACGAAUAGAUGAUGAAAUGCAAACGAGACUUCACCUUCAAGAAACGUUAGGAAAUCACUCAGAAGUUGAAAAGAAGGAUAGAUCAGGGAGAUAUAUACAUCCAAGACGAGCGCCUGUUGAUAAUCGUCUUCAACCACUUCGGAGGGUUUCAAAAGCAGGUCUUGAAAGUGCAACGCUUGACUUUUUAAAAGAGUACGAUUAUGAAUCAAAAACACCAACAAAGGAAACUAUUGAAGAGAAUCCAACGACCAAUGAUGAAAGUACGCAGAUAGUUAAUGAACAAUCUUGAUUCAAUCUUAUUCCUUUAUCCUAUCAUUGAACAGUUUUCAACUUUAGAUAUCAAAAGCUUUGCGACUUUAUUUUAUAUCUCAUUUAUUCGACAAAUCAAGAAUCGGAUCAAAUAAUUAUUUUCCUAGUCAUAUACACC